AAUUGAGUUUUAAUGAUUGUUUUGAAUCUUUUUCAAUGGUGUUGUUGCUAUCUUACUGUGAGAUAAAUAAUUGCGUAAAGACAUAAUAGCAUGCCAAUGAUAACGAUGUAUUUAUUGAAACAAAUAAAAACUUGAUAUGAAAAGCAGUUCUAACCAUUGGAGAUGCGUUUGUCUCUCACAUAAGCAAAAAUGUUUUUCACGGUUUCUAACGUAAAUAUUUUUUUAGUUAAAUUUUUUUAUGGAUUAGUGACUCUAUUCUUGGUCAAUCAUGUUAUCAAAUUUGUGCAACGAGUCCGUAAACUGCCUCCUGGACCAUGGGGACUGCCCUUUGUUGGAUACUUACCUUUCCUUAGACACGAUUCUCAAAACCAGAUGACCGAGUUGGCUGCAAAAUAUGGACCAGUUUUCAGUUUCAAGUGUGGUAAAUUUGACCUGAUUGUUAUCAACCAAUGGAAGUUUAUUAAGGAAGCUUUGACGAAUGAACACUUGCUUGGUCGACCAAAAGAGACGAUUUUACCAGGUGUAAUUGACCAUCACUCAUUUGCCGAAAUGACUGGUGAACCUUGGAAGCAACAGCGACGAAUUGCUUUGACAACACUUCGAGAUGUUGGUUUCGGAAAGAGUGAAAUGGAAGAUUCGAUUAGAGACGAAAUUAAAUCAUUUAGCGAAGUACUCAAAUCAUUUAAAGGCAAACCCCAUAUCAAUAUCUAAAACUAUCUCUUGAGUGUAACAAACAAUAUAUCAAAGUUGGUAUUUGGACACAAAUACGCUUACGAUGAUCCUGUUGCUUUGGAUAUGGAAAACCUUCUUGUCAAAUCAAAUGUGUUGAUUCGAUAUUUCAAUGUCGUGACAUUUCUGCCCACCAUCGCAAGUAUGAUAAUCAAAUUAAAGCUUUUUAAUAUGGCAGAGACUUUUUCUCUUUUCAAAAAAUUCGAGUCUCAUAUUAUUGAUGAGGUUGAUGAGCACCGAAAAAAAGAUAUCGAUGAUAAUUCAAUAAAAGAUUACAUUGAUGGAUUCCUCAAUGAAAUGUCCAAAAGACAAAAUGAAAAGGAUUCAUCUUUUAAUUUAGAUACUUUGCAACGAAAUGCAGCUUUGUUUUAUGGUGCUGGGUCAGACACCAUUUCAAAUACACUCAAAUGGAUGAUGUUGUAUCUGGUCAAGUAUCCUGAAUACCAGAUUAAGAUUCGAGAUGAAAUUAAACAAACCAUUGGAUUAAAUAGACAACCAGAAAAUGUAGAUCGACAACAAAUGCCUUUUACAAUGGCCUUUAUUUACGAAAGCUUGCGAUUCUCCUCAAUAGUUCCUCUUAAUUUAUUAAGAAGAGCAACUGAAGACACCAAAGUUGGAGGCUAUUCAAUACCUAAAGACAGUCUUGUCGUAUUCAACUUCUGGUCAGUCCAUCACGAUCCAAAUUUAUGGGAUAAUCCUGAGUUAUUUAAGCCUGAACGGUUCCUCAACGAAGAUAAAUCUAAAGCCAUCAAACCACCUUAUUUGGUGGCAUUCAGUGGCGGGAGAAGAGUUUGUCCUGGAGAAAGUUUCGCUUAUCUUCAGUUAUUCUUGUAUCUUGUGUCCUUUUUGCAACAAUUUGAGAUCUCAGCUGAAUCAGGGAAAGAUAUUUCAUUAGAAAGAGCUUAUUAUUUCCUUGUGAGACAAAAAAGUCUACCCAACUUGAUAUUCAAAAGUGUCGAUUAAAUUGUUUACGUCAAUUUUGUUAAACAAUGGAUAUAAAGCAAUACACAGAUUCCCUCUUUAAGAUCUUGAUGCUAAUACAAUGGCCGUAUCCAGAAAUCAUUACUCUAUCUUUAUCAUGUUAAUUCAGAGAAGUUUUUCCAUAACAUCAAAGGAAAGUCCUAAGACACCAAGCUGUGUGGAAACGUUGCUCCCAGAAGAUCUUUAAUAAAAUUGCAAUUUUCAUGGGCAGUUUGGUUGAACUUGCUCCAGAUAUUUCGUAAAGGAAAACUGAUGUUCAUAGCCAUACAACAUCGAACCUCAACUUUGAUAUUGACAACCUCGAAAAUAUAUCAUAUCGAUGUAAUUUUCUGCUAUGUCUUCACUUUUUAGCAAAUUCAUCUUUUGUAAAAUUCAAUUCAUUGUAUUAAUAACUUUUUUAACGGU